AUGCAGCACGACAUAAAAUCCAUCGCUCAUCUCGGUCACACCCAUGAAUACUCCACCUCGACGCCAUCCCACUACAAACCAACCUUCAACUCCUCUGCUGUCAACCGGUACUCACCACCGGAGUCGCCUCGCCACCUGCCUUCCUUCUUCACCAACGGCAUUGGCGGCGCUACCAACGACGCUGCCAUGAGCAGCAGCUCCGGCCACGGCCAUUCACAUCCACCGUCAUCCCUCCACCACCGUGGCCUUCCCCCGCCCACAGGCUCCGGCUUCGCGCUGCCACCGCCAACACCAACCUCAAGCGAUCCACACCACCGCUCCUCCUCGGUAGCGCCUCCCCCGCCGACACAGCCACCGCCACCACCGUCCCAGCAGCUCCAACAGCACUCUUCCGCCGGUGGCGGCGUCACCAGUUUCGGGCAGUUGCCCGCUCCACCGUCCAGCUGGUCCACCACUACCGCGCCCAGUGAUGACUCAAUGCGGAGCUGGCUGCAUGCCAAAGCGGAGGAAGACCGGCGCAGACAGGAAGAGGAAAAGACGCGGCAGGAGGGUCUCCGCUUGGACCAGCGGCGCAUCGAACGCGACAUUCUACGGGAGUCACUGGAGCGCGGCGUGCCGCCCGCCAUGGUGCCGCUGAUCUUUGCGGGCAUGGGUGGCGCUACUGCUGGUUCCGGUCUGGGCCAGGCCAUGGAAUUCGCGCAAAGCUGGAUGCAGAACCUUACGCUACAGCAGCAGCAACAGCAGCAGCAGCCAUCCUUACAACCGCUCGGCCAUCAGCAGCAGCAGAGCCAUUCACAAGCCCUGCAGUCCUCCGCCGAGCAACAGCGCCUCGCCGCCUACGAACAGCAACUCCUGCGCCAACAACAACAAGGCCUCCUGCCCGCUGGAGGCUCGUCGCCCGAUCUGCGCCGCGAACGCGAGCGUGAGCGCGAACGAGAACUUGCCGCCGUGCGCGACCGCAUGAUCCCUCCCAACCCUUACGGCUCCCAACAGCAGCAACCACUACCAUCGCAAACCCAGUCACACCGUUCUUCUUCCUUCUCUUCCGGCGCCGCACCUCCCUCGAGCGCCCUCUCGAAACUCAACACCAUCGACUUCGCGCCCGCGUCGCGCGGCCCGGGCCAAGGUCUGCACCCCUCGCUCUCUGGUUCCAAUCUCGUAGGCACCGGUGUCUUUGGCCGCGACGCCUCCACCCUCUCCUCCGCUGGGGGCCUGCGCUCCGCCGACGACACCCAACAGCCGCAGCAGCAGCAACACACGUCAGCGAGCAGCGCAUCGGCGCAAGCCUCCUCGGGAGGCGGCGGCAGCGGCGCCGGCCUCUUCUUCCACCAUUGGACACCACCCACAGGAACCUCAGGCGCGUCAGGUCAGGGAUCCGGGCAGCCGCCCACGCCUAGCGGGAAGAGCAUGCAGGGAAGCCCGUAUGGCAGUGUGGGGAGCGGAACGCACGGACAUCUGAGGAAGCAGGGUGGGCCUAGCGGUGGGUCCUCUAGUGGUGGUGGUGGUGGCGGUGCAGCGACGGGAGAGUGGGAGAAUAGCCCGAAGAAGAGGAAGAUGACGCAUCAGAGUGGGAAUGGCAGUCAGGGUGGGAGUGGGAGCAGUGGGGGAAGUGCGACGAGGGGCCCGUCCCAGCAACAGCAGCAUCCGCAUCAUCAGCUUCAGCAGCAUCCGCAUGGUGGCGGAACGGCGGAAGAAGGCGAAAGUGAGAGUGCAGGCAGCGGCCGGGAGGGCGAGCGAGAGAGCCACAGCCACAGAGAUCGAGACAGGGAUAGGGACAGGGAGCACCUGAGGCCCAGCUCGCGGCAGCAGCGCCUGGAAGAGCGGGAGCGGGGAGGUGGGACUGAGGCUGGGAGAGGGAGGUAUGAGGAUGUCAGGCCUCCUGGGUAG